UACGAGGAAAAGGCGAACGAACGAUCCUUGUCACCGUCGUCGUUGAACCUCGAGGAGUCUGUCCUGCAAAGAAGGCCUGCCACAAUGCCAGAGAAUCGAGGAUCAGCAGAGGAAUUUGUGCGCACAGAGGAAAGAUAAGAGGAGGUGCAGGUGGGAGGAAUUGCGAGGAUUUUCCGUGAGUUGAUUUGAUGUGUCGCGGACGGGGUUCGACCUGACAGCAGCCGCAGUAGGAGAGUUGGGGUUGACGAGUUUUGGAUGUGGCGGGAUUUGGCAAAUUGAAAUUGAAAUUGGAUUGUGAAAGGGCGCAAUUUUUUGCACGGUUGAACCUCUGAUGCGGAGCAGGUUGUUGGACUUGAGAAGGAUGAAAAGGAGGAGGGAGAUCUGAUCAUUGGAUUGAUUGAUUUGCUAUCAUGGUGGCUGGAGAGAGCUGACAGGAGUCGGAGAGAGAGUGGCCAGGUAGAGCAAGCUGGAGGCUUUGGAUUCGGUGCCCACCAACGGAUGGACAUGAGGAACUCUAACAUUGUAACCGAGGCGAGCCUGACUACAAGGGCAAGCCAAUGGUGGGCAGGAGUUCCUUUUGUCACAGCGCUUCUGGUGGCCAUAUGCUCCGCCAUUUAUGUCGUCGAACUCUUUCUUGGAUUUGACUCUUUUUACCAAGUAUGCCUGCUACCCUACCAGGUUGUAGCACGAUUUCAAGUGUACAGGCUGUACACGUCAGUGGUUUUCCAUGCUUCGAUAUUUCAUGUCGUCUUCAAUAUGCUUGCCUUGGUGCCCAUCGGUAGUGGACUCGAGCGAAUAAUGGGAUCCGUACGGUUUCUUCACAUCAUUUUCCUUCUAGCUACGAGCAAUGGCGUUAUCCACAUCGGACUUGCAUACCUGGCCGCACACAACCCGGUUUAUAUUUAUCCUGAUCUAUCUGUCGAGUGUGGAAUCGGGUUUUCAGGGGUCAUUUUUGCCCUCAUCGUCAUCGAGACCAGUCUCAGUGGAACUCAAAAUCGGAGCAUUUUUGGCUUCUUCACUGUUCCCGCAAAAAUGUAUCCCUGGGCUUUGCUGUUUCUCUUUCAGUUGCUGAUGCCAAGUGUGUCGCUACUGGGGCAUUUGAGUGGCAUUUUAUCUGGAUUCGCAUAUACAUUUGGCUGGUUCAAUAUGUUCAUGCUGGCCCCUUCAGCCUACUCGGUCGUGGAAAGCUGUUCUGUCCUUGGCUUUUGUGUUCGAAGACCUGGCUUUAUCGUCGGUGGGAGUGCUGUUCCCGCCACCCUCCCAUCAGUCUCUAACACAAGUGGAGGCAGCCAAACUUUCACAAGUCUGUGGAGUGGAUUGCAAACGAUGAUACCUAGACGCGAGACACCCCGUACAGGAACAGCUCCAGACGAGAGAUUUCCUGGAAGAGGUCGAACUUUAGGCGCUGUCGUUGGUGCGCCUCCGAGACUACUCAGCCCCGAGGGCAGGAGUGCUCAUCAAGCAUUUGCUCAAUCUAGACUUCUCAACAGAGAUAGAUCAGAUUCUGGAGAAGCUGAGAUGCAACCAUUGAGAUCAUCUUCACCACCCAAUAGGCAAGCUGGAGAUCUUCAGACCUCAACACCAUCAUCAACAACAACAGCAACAACACCAUCACUACCUCGCUAUCAAGUACCACAGCAGAUCGGACGUCAAGACCACGACGUUCAAAGCCUUGUGUCUAUGGGAUUUGAUCAGUCGAAGGCGGUUCAUGCUCUGGCUGCAUCCAACGGAGACGUCGCACUGGCUGUUGAAUAUCUUAGUGCAGAGGUACCUGCAGGAUUCCGGAUUAGAUCGAAAUGAAAUACACUAUGUAUUUUCGUCGGGCAAGAGAAGGGGUGUUGAAAAGUUUUUGUGAAGGUGCUUGAUUGAGCAUAAAGCGGAAGUGGUGCUCAUUGAUGCACAUUUGCAAUUCAAGACUUCUAUCUGCUUCAAUACUGCAAGAGACCUUCAGUUCACAAAUGUGUCAAUUGGCUUUUGAGGGAAAUGUGAAGAGUUUCAUAUUUCUAUUACUGAAAGUCCCACCGAAAGAUGCAAGAGGGCACCGAGAUGAUCACAUUUAUCGUAAGCUCAACUCUUAGAACAGAACAGAUUCAAUAGUAGAAACGUUACAUUUUGUAUUAUUUGGCAUGGUUACAAAGUUAGGCAAAUUAAGGUCACUAUCUGAACUUUUCCUCUAUAAUGACAAACCGCUUCAAUGUACAAGACUCCCUUUGGGUUGUGACACAAUAAAUCACAGGCUCUCGAAAUUGAAGAAGCCUUUGGUAC